GCCUGAGGACUGAAGUGAGUACGACCCUUCUUUAUUUGCAGCAUAUCCUUAUAUUUAUUUCCUUGUCACCAAAAUCUUAUCACCAAUUAUCUCCCUCUCAACUCUCCUCACAUUUCCAUUUCCAUUUCAUUCCCAUUCUCAUUCUAAUUCAAAUCAAUCAUAUGCCUUUCCUACCUCUUUGAAACAAGCUUUCAAAAUUUCAUUAUGGCAGCUAUUAUUUCCUGUAACUUAAUCACUCCGAAAUUACCCAACAACCGUGUUCGUUUUGCAACAACUCACACCACUGCCACCAACAAUAAUGAUCGGUUGACUCAGCGUUUUACUCCGACUACUUGUUCUUUUAAUCGUAACCCAUGUCAGAAAUUGAAGGAGUGCGCUAUUUCUUUAGCUUUAGCUGUCGGAUUGAUUACAGGAGCACCUUCAUUUGCUGAUGCAAAUGUAAAUGUAAAUGUAAAUGCAAAUAACUUGGCGUUGCCUGAUUUGUCUGUGUUAAUCUCUGGUCCGCCAAUUAAGGAUCCGGGUGCAUUGUUGAGAUACGCUUUGCCUAUUAACAAUAAAGCUGUGAGGGAAGUACAAAAACCACUUGAAGAUAUUACAGACAGUCUUAAGGUUGCUGGGGUUAAAGCUCUUGAUUCUGUUGAGAGAAAUGUGAGGCAGGCAUCACGAGCACUUAAACAAGGUAAGAGUUUGAUUGUAACGGGUUUAGCUGAAUCGAAGAAGGAGCAUGGGCUUGAACUACUUGACAAAUUGGAAGUUGGAAUGGAUGAGUUACAACAGAUUGUGGAGGAUAGGAAUAGAGAUGCUGUUGCACCUAAACAGAAGGAGCUGCUUAAUUAUGUUGGCGGUGUUGAAGAGGAUAUGGUGGAUGGCUUCCCAUACGAAGUGCCCGAAGAAUACCAAAGUAUGCCUCUAUUAAAGGGGAGAGCUGCUGUUGAUAUGAAGGUCAAGGUCAAGGACAAUCCUAAUUUAGAUGAGUGUGUAUUCCGGAUAGUUCUAGAUGGUUACAAUGCGCCGGUAACUGCUGGAAAUUUUGUGGACUUAGUAGAAAGGAACUUCUAUGAUGGCAUGGAAAUCCAAAGAGCGGAUGGGUUUGUUGUUCAAACUGGAGAUCCAGAAGGCCCUGCUGAGGGUUUCAUUGAUCCUAGUACAGAAAAAACCCGGACAAUACCAUUAGAAAUCAUGGUGGAUGGGGAGAAAUCACCCUUUUAUGGAGAAACCUUGGAAGAGCUUGGUCUCUACAAGGCUCAAACUAAGCUUCCAUUCAAUGCAUUUGGAACAAUGGCCAUGGCCAGAGAGGAGUUUGAGAAUAAUUCUGCCUCAAGCCAGGUGUUCUGGCUACUGAAAGAAAGUGAAUUAACUCCCAGUAAUGCCAAUAUUUUGGAUGGCCGGUAUGCAGUGUUUGGUUAUGUGACAGAAAACGAGGACUUUUUGGCUGAUCUUAAGGUUGGUGAUGUUAUAGAGUCGAUUCAAGUAGUUUCUGGCCUGGAAAAUCUAGUCAAUCCAAGCUACAAGAUUGCUGGCUAGACCGUUUUGUCACCGGUAUUGGAUAAUAUUAGUCACUUUCUACUAAGGUUCAUCAUUGAAGACUGUUUCUUUAUUUGUUUCAAACUUUAGUUUAUUGUUUGCUCAAUAAUAUUCUGUAAUCUUUCACUUGUGAGAGAAUUGUAGCAUUCACAUCGACAAUGUAUUCUUUUGAACUUUAAA